CAUUACCUACACGGUUUGUCAAAAUUUGCUUGAUAGGUAACUGUCGCUGAAUUAAUUCGAUUUCAAUUAAAAACUACUGUAUAAAUACAUCAUCACACACCUUAAUAGUUGCCAAAUGACGCGGGGAGGAGUAGUAUUAUUACAAUCAACGGUGGUUUAAAGUACAUCAGUCAUUCGAAGAUUCAGACAUCAAACUGUGCUGUUUUGCGUAAAAAUGGAUAUCUUGGAGAGAAUCUACCGUAAUGUAAGAACACAUCUACAAAACUUACCGGCUACAUUACCUAAAACUCUGGAUUGUGUGAAUAAGUCCAUGGGCAAGAUAAAAUUACCACCAUUGACUAAGGACAACAUCUUGUACUAUUAUUUGCCAGUGCAAGGCCUGGUUAGUUACACAACUUUAUCAGUAAGUGUGAUGAAUCCACAUUUAAUGGUCAGAAUGUUUCCAAAAAGAGAUGUGACCGACGUUUUAUUCUUGUGCGCGGGGGGUGGCGCUGGUUUGUGGUUGUGGGCACGACCUCACAUGGCAGCUGCUUCUCCAGCAAGGCGCUUUUCCUGGGCAUUCCUUGGUGGAGUUCUUUGGCCUCUUGGCUCUAUUUUCUUGUGGGCAAUUUUAAGAAGCUCUGUUGGUCAUAGACCAGUUAUUGGCACAGUAUUAGGUGUAACCACUGGAGCUAUGCUCACAAGCAUUGCUAUUGAUUACUUCCGUUAUGUAGAGCUGAUGUUUUGUGGAGAACUACAUAUCCCAGAAGAAACAUAUAGCCCAAACAGUGAUGAUGAAAAAUAUGAUAUUGAUAUUUAAAACUAAAGAUCUACACCGUAUUGUAAAUAAUUUUGGAAUAUUUAGAUAAGCUUUUGCGAUAUGUGUAUGAAGAUUAGGUGUUAAGAAAACUAGUUUGAAAUUUGAAAAUCUACUCUGCACUUGGUUAACGUGAUUUUUGUCCUAAGUCUGUCUAGUCUUGUGAAACGUUGAUCACAA